GACACAUUGCUGGGGAAAGCCAGACAUGAGCCCCUUCAGCACCGGACACAGCCUAGGAUCCUGCUGGGCUCAGGACCUCCCCUCCCAUCUCUAGUCCCACGAGGAAUGUUUGUUCCCGUUCUCUGCUGGGGGAGUUUUUUCAUGGCGGGGCCUCAUCCUCGACGAAGCUGUGGGACUCAGAGCCAGGCUCUGUGUGGCCCGACGAUCCUGCUGACCCCGGCCUCCUGCAGACCAUGGGCCGCCAUACCCCUGGCCGCAUUUCCAGCUUUUCAAGUGGGAAGAAACCACCCCGCGUCCCAGGACUUGCACUUCUGUGGGCCAUCCUCAGCAAGGUUCGGAGUCAGUGGGGGUGGGCAGCGGCUCAGCCAUGAAGAAGCCGAGAAGCGAUGUCUGCCUCCCCUCCUCCCUCCCAGAAGAUCUGGAUGUGAAACUAACCCAGAGUGGACGCUGAAGCUCAGCUGCCAAGUAAUCUCCCAUUCCCGGAGAGACUGCACAGCUUCCUGCUCAAUGCCAGCUGGGCCUUCAUCCUGGAGAGGAGCAACUGGCAGCUCUGUGUGAAAGCUUCUGCUUUCAUGGAGCAGAAUUGUUGUUUGGGGGCUGGGGAUGACUGGAGUCCUGCAGGACUUUACCAGGUAGGAGUUCUUGA